AUGGAGCACUUUAACUUUGGCAUCCCAGAGGGGAAUAUACCGCCCCUCAGUUUUCCACAAAAGCCCACGAGGCCUGCACCACCCGUACCGGAUAACCAGCUCCUCCUCAAGCGACUAACGGAAAAUCCAAACUUUGACUACUACCAGCAUAUCAUUCACGACUACCUCUAUGCUGAUGAAAAUAUCUGGUCUGUUCUACUAUUUCUGCGCACUGAUCCUACUGGUAUUUUUCAUAUACAUCAUCGAUCUGCAACACAGACACCCCCACAAGACAUCUUCGAGAUCAUUUCUCAAAUUCGACAGAGUGCUAAUUGGGGACUUGAGAAGAUUGAGAUCUUGAAUCGGGUGAACAGUGGGAGACGAAAGCCACCCCAAAAUUUACCCUUCCAUCAGCCUUACCGUUCUGGUCAUCGGCCCCAUUUCACUCCCACACCAUCGGCAUCGAGGGUGAGUCAGUUGAGGAACGCUUCAAAUGUGUCUUCUUUCGACUAUCCUCGCUCAGAUGAUCUCAGUCAGUACACGGAUUCGCUCCAGAAAGACACAAGCUCCAUCAUAUCCGUCGAUGGCCGCAAGACCGCCCCCGAUGGAUAUCGUUUCUACUGUCCAUCCCGAAACUGUAAGCUAAGUUAUGCUCGCCAAGGGGAUUAUGAAAAUCACAUGGACCAAAAGCAUGCAGAAUAUGAACCUCACGACCCUCACGAAUCACUCAAGCCGAUACCCCAGAAUCCGAAAGGGGGAAACAAUCACUCAAACGAGAAUCCAGGAUCGACUCCAGCAAAUAAUAGUAAUUCUAAUGCCCAAGCCCCGCCUUUCCCCUCCACAACUCGACAAUCACACUUCCACACAUCCACUCCAGGACCUCCCGAAGCACACCAGCCUCACCACGCUGUGACCCCUGACAUACUCCAAGGAGUAGGCGGCCAAAUGCGGUUGACUCCCCAAGGCCCAGAGGAUCCCACUCGCUCGACGCUUCACCACGACCCGAACCCUUUUCUAUGGACUUAUGUCGAUGUCCUAGAAGGACAGCCACUACUUGGCAGCCAAAAUAUCCCUCCUACCUACAUGACUCAGGGUCAUCACCAUUACGAACAGGACAUGACCAUGAGUUGA